AUGUCUACCCAAGCCGCCCCGGUCGUCCCCCCUCGACCGGCUCGAUCACCCCAACCGCGUUCUUCUUUAGAAACGCCUGGCAUCCCUCCACGUCCGGUCAGCCAUCGUAUCGAUCGAUCAGUAUCCCCAAUGAGGAACAACUAUGCUCCAUCCCCAUUCAAUGAAUGGAGUGGUCCAAGCAUGACCCGGACCAUCUCCAACGAGAUUCCUCAGCGGCCCCCGAGUGUAACGAUACCUUCCCUAGGCGAGGAAGGAAUUGAGUAUGCCGAUUUAAAUGUGGCGAAUGUGCCUGAAAGUCAUGAACAUGCCGCUCCUAAAACUCGCAACGUUAGCAGUGACCUUAAAAUUCAUGCACCUAGACCCUCAUUGCCCACGUCAAGUGCUAAGGCCAAGGUGCAGGUGGUCACUCGCACAGAUUCUCGCCAGGCCGCUGCUGCGGGACUGGGCCGGAAUAGCGAAAGCUCCCCCGCACUCGACGAGUCAGAGCGAAUCAGCCGUACGUCACACUCUCGGGCAAGCGGUUCACGAGCCGAAUCUUCAACUGCUUCCUCCGAUCGACGUCUCUCUGCUCAGCUCGGAGAAGAACAUGGAUUCCGUGUUCCAAUGUAUCCCAAUGCCGGUGAUGUCCAGGCGCCGUCCCCUAGCCCUUAUCUAGAUCAAGGCUCUCAGCGCCCAGGUCGCAAUCACCACCGCACCCGUAGUGCUCGCGAUUCUUCUUUACCACCAGGUAGUUAUGGCCUUCACGGACACGGUGUCCAACACGCCGACAAGUUUGAGAAGGCAUGGUAUGAAAAGCACCCCGACGAGUACGUGAAAGAAGAGGGGCAGUAUGGUCCUGGCGUGGGUACCCCUCGCCCCGAUUGGGCGCUGAGCAGUGACGAUCUGAACAAAAUCGUUCGAAGCCCCGGCCUGUCUGGCCCAACAAAGGGUGCUUCACCCGCUGUUAUUGGAACGCCCGAGGAAGAGGUUGGAUACCUUGCAUCCGAUGAAUACACACACCGCAUGGCAUCUCCCCCGCCGGAAAACCGCAUUGAGUCGCAACCUGUGGUGGAAUCCCCACUUCGCCAAAUGAGUUUCCCAGCUUCAGUCACUGGGUCAAAGGAGGCUCCUGGCUCCGUGCUACGUCAUGGCCGGUCCAGCUCGCAUAGUCAUUAUGCAGACGGCGAUGUGAUUCACGUUCACGACCCAAAACACCCUCUUCACCAUCCGGAUGGAUUUGCUCCUUCAUCAGCUCAAAAUGAAUCGACUACUGAUGCGGAAGAAGCUCUUGAAGAAGAUGCACCUAUCCUAGCUGCUGAUGAGGUCCGCCCUGAUUCGGCAUUCUUGCACCCAGCGGUUUCUCCUACCCGUGGAAGUUUUGAUGAGGAGUACCGAAGCCGCACUCCUAGCGUAUCGCAUACCCGUUCCAAUAGCAGGUCUACCAGUGCCCAAGCCGCGCCUAUGUUAACUCGAUAUGACUCUCAUGAUGAGAAUCACACGCCCUUGGAAAAUGUUGAGGAAUACGAGCCCUUGUUCCCAGAGGAGGAAACCAAGAAGGAGCGUCCUGCCUCUACUGCAGAGCGUUUUAGAAAGCGCCCUGAUCUCUCUAAGCACCGAUUCCCAAGCCAGGAUAUCUGGGAAGACACACCCAACAGCCUACAGCUUCAUGCUACUGUUACAACUCCGGAUAUUCCCAAGGCUGAAUCACCCGUGACUUUUGAGACACCCGACCAAGAAGCCAUCCGGAGAAUGAAGACCGAUAAGAUUAACUCACAUCAAGUGGCUAGUCAUAUUCUGGGAGGCGAGACUGGACGUGAUAAGGAUUUCCCGAAGGUUCCCCAACGUCCUGACACUAUCAAGCAACGUUUUCCUAGUCAAGAUAUCUGGGAGGAUGCCCCAGACAGUCAACAGCUAGUGACUACUGUCGAGCCUGCUGCAGAGGAACUGAAAAGCCCAGAGGUACCCGCCAAACCGAUCAUCCCUGUUCGUCCACAGAAACAGCCCCAAUCCACAUCGCCUACGGAGAAGCGCCAGCCACCAGUGAUUCCAGGCCGCCCAAAACCUCAGAUUCCAUCUCGUCCCGCGAAACCUAGUACUCACACCUCGGCAGACAGAGGUGUUCCAGCCAGCUCAGAAACUAAGGAAUUUGGAGCCGAAGGGCCAGCCGUACCCAAAGCGAAACCUUCAAUUCCAGCCCGUCCUGGUGGAAGCAAAAUUGCAGCUCUCAAGGCAGGAUUCCUCACAGACCUGAACUCUCGUCUUCAGCUUGGUCCUCAACAACCUAAGCCCCAAGAGAAGGAGCCCGAGCAAGUCGCAGAGAAGCAGCCGCUCAGUGACGCCCGGAAGGGUCGAGCUCGUGGCCCUGCCCGGCGAAAGCCUGCCGUAGAGAAUGCCAACGCCAGACUUCCUACCAUUCCAGAGAUCAAGAUCACAGAAACCUGGAAUGUUUGGCAAGUCACUCAAGAUGGUAACCUCCUUGUUGGCGAUGAGAACAAAGCAACAAAGACCCUGGAGCCAUCUAUUCAACCUGAGCCCAUCAUGGCGCCGGCAAUUGCAAAGAAUAUCGCGGGUGAACCCGUCGACCCGACCCCAGAAUCGCCCGUCGUUGCAGAAGUUUCUUCCCCGGAUGUCGAUUCAGCCCCAGUGAUUGAGACAAAGCCUGCCGAGGCAUCGCCCAUUGAAGAAGCAGUUUCUUCGAUACCCGAACCUACGACUCAGAAAGAAGAGCCGGCCGUUGAUGCCGAGCAAGAGGAACUUUCCACAGAAGCCACCGAAGUUGCCUCCGAGGAAGUCGAAGCCCCCUCUAACAAGAUCGAAGCCGAAUUAGAGGAAAAGACUCCCUCAAUCGAUGAGAAGAAAACAUCUGACAGCGAACUGCAAGACGUGGGAUCGUCAUCCUAA